UAAAUACAUUAAUAUUUGCCAAUUCUCAUUUCCUGUCAGUGUGAUACUUCGCACUUCUAAUGUUUCUACUUCCAGCUUUGGUAGUAAUCAUUGCUUGUAAUCCUGAAAUGGAGAAGGCACAACGACACAAAGGCGAAUUCCCAUUCUCAACAGAAGUUUCUCAGUUGGACGAGGCUCUCAAGCUCUUGGAUUCUUCUCUUUCUCUUAUCAAAUGGCGCCUCAAACCUUCAGCAAGAACUCGACUCCAUAUGGAUGUUCUUGCAUUAUGCACUGGAAUGAGACCAGUCAUCAUGGUAGACUAUGGGGGAAAGAUGCCUGAACUGCAAGAACGAUUAUGUGCACUUCUCAAACUUUGUCAAAAGGAGUCUAGCAUUUUCCAACAUUUGAGAGUAAUGAUCAUAGAAGAUAUGAUAUAUUUGGUACACAUAAGAGGACUUGCUGAGCAUGUUCAGUCAAGUUUGAACUCAGAAAUACAGCUGCUCUUUGUGGACCUUGAACAAGAUCCUCUAAAGAUGAUAUCUCAGCCUGAAAACAACCCUUUAGUGAUGCAGUUUCUAUCAGUUCAGAAGCUGUUCGCUGAGAUAUUUCUUAUUGACGGAAUGAAGAGUAAUUGCUUGUCAUGUCCCAGGACAGGUGAAAUGCUGAAUGUUCAUUAUCCUGUCAAUGACAUUAUGACUUUGCAAUCUUCAUAUUUUAUUGAUCUUACUAGUUGUCUGCAAGACACCCAGGUCACAGUACCAACUUUAAAUGGAUGGCUUCUUGGGUAUCCAGUAGUAUAUGCAUUUGGCAAGGAGCAUAUUUCGGAGGCUAUUCGUAAUCUCUCCACCAAGUCUCUUCAUCUUUUCAAAAUAUCUGUUUGUAGGAAUGGUUCAUCCACCAAGGGAUCUGAGAUGGAGGAAUUGUUGAGUUUCUCAGUGCCGUAUGGUCUAAGCACGGGUGGGAGCAAUGAACUAUGGGCAAAAGCGUAUUUGGGUCAUAUGCAGAUGAAGUGGGAAAGGUGCAAGCAAGCUUGGAGGUCUCUGCGGAUGGAUGUGAGUGAAUGCAACCCACAAGCCAUUGUGUUGUAAUUGCAUUCCUUAUCAUCUUUUCAAGGGAUAGCAAUAGAAAAUAUAAAGAAACAAAAAAAUAAAACAAAAUACAAAAGUUGUAGAAGCUCUCCUUUUACCACUUGAUUAAUUGAGAAUUUUAUCUUAAUAUUCUUAAACUUGGGGAUUGAUUUUUAUUUGCUGAUAAAUUAUGGAAUACGUGGUACAGCUAGAACAGAAAGUUAAAUGUUCUCCGAAAUUAGUUUGGAAUGAACUUGCCAAUUCUUUCAGUAUUAUAUACUUUUUGAGAGAUGAGGUGAUCGAUCACAUUAUGAUUUAUCACUUAGAUUCUUUUGAGAAUGAAGAGGUAGAGAUCUGCGACGUCUUAUCUAUAGUCAGAUGUACGCAACCUUGUUUACGAAAAGGAAGUGAGACAGGUGGUUGGGUUAGGUCUCACUUUCUAUAAACGAAGUGACAAUAUUGUUCUCUUUUAUAAAUUAGGUUCGCAAUCGAAAAAGAUAAAAAGAAAAGAAUGGAUUCUAUUUUUAUCUUCAAAAGGAAUAAACAAUAAUGAUUAAUGUAUUUGUAGGCAUGUGCAAAGCCGUCCUAGAAGUGGGUGUUUUGAGCUUUGCAUUUAUGUAUCACAUUUUUCUUUGGUCAUUAAAAGAAGUUAUUCACAGCAAUAUGCAUGAGAGCGCAUCGUCUUUUACCAUUACAGCAUAAAAUAAGUGAAAAGGAAGGUAAAUAAAAGAGAAAACAUGAAAAAGAGAAAUAGCAUUACUGAGGUCGGAAAAUUCCCUUUACUCAAAUUGCAAGCAGAUCCUAAAAAAACAAAAGAAAAA